AAGGUGGAGAAAGUGAGGUCUGCAGAUGCUGGAGAUCAGAGCUGAAAGGGGGACUAAAGGAGACAUUUGGGUGACGAACCAAUAGACAUAAGCAGUGACUUUUAUUUUGCAUUUCGUUUACAGCUGGAAUUUGAACGUUUUGCAAAUUCUACAUUUACAGCUGCUGCUGCAGUUACUCCCCCUCUUCCCGAAAUCCACAAAGAUAGAUCUCGGCGUUUUCCCAAAAGAGUUUUAAAAAUCUGUUCGAGCAUUUAUUUGAAACGAAAGUUUAUUUUUUCGCAGUGACCGCCGUAUCCAAACGUCUGGAAACGGAGAGAGCGGAGGAGACCAGAUCGAUACGGCAGCAUUCCUGCGCAUUUGGACGGAAAGUUGCCUCUCCAAUCCCAGAUGCUACAAACAAUCCUCCCGCAUCAUUGCAGCCUCCGGAUUUACAAGGAGCCACCAAGCAGCAUGUCAGUGCAGGCGGGCCAGCUGCUUUUCUCCCUGCUCCUGGCACUGUUAGGAGGGCACAGCCUGGCAUUCUCAAUGCCCAGGACUUGCGAGGCGAACGGCAGGGUUUAUUAUGUGGGUGAGUGGUACACGCUGGAGUUGGAUCCCUGUAGCCAAUGCGAGUGCACGCUGGCCGGCCCAGUGUGCACCCCUCACACCGAGUGUGGACCGCUGCCUCCAGCCUGUAUCCAUGUCAGCCACUACCCGAGCGACUGCUGCCCCCGCUGCGAGAGGAUCGGCUGUGAAUACCGCGGAGCUGUGUACGAGCUGGGCCAGCCCUUCCAGCCAUCAGAGUGUGAACAAUGUACCUGUGACAUGGAUGGCAUUGCACGCUGUCUAGUCGCUGAUUGUGCUCCGCCUGCAUGUGUUAAUCCAAAGUAUGAGAAAGGAAAGUGCUGCCCAGAGUGCAAGGAUGGUCCAAAUUGUUACAGCGACUUCACGCAAAGUCAUGUAAUCCCAGGAGGGACCACUGUGUGGGUUGACAAGUGCACCAGCUGCCACUGCCAUGAUGGUCAGGAUGUUGGUUACUGGGAAGGCAAUCGUGUAGCCAAGUGUGUGAUGGUUCCUAAUUGCAUUUUGAAUGAUGAUCAGAAUUAAUGAAUACAAGACUGUAGAUAGUAUUGAUAUUUUUUGCAUCUCCUCAGUUCCCUGAUAUAUACUGAAGGAUGAUUGAUGUUAAAAAAAGCCAUGGAUCUAUAAUUGUAAACUGAAGUUUAAUGAAAUACACAAUUGUACAGAAGAUUAACCUUUCUUAUUACAAUGGUUCUGUGGAUUACUUUUUGUCCUUAGGCUCCAUGAUCGUUAGAUAUGGUUUAUUUUUAAUAACAGAGCAUUUUGCAUAUAAUAGGAACUGCUCAGUGUAUUACAUUGUUAAUGAUACCAGGAGGGAGAAAGAGAAAUUAUCUUUCAAUGUGAGAUUCAUAACUCACUGUUAAAUUGAUUUCAUUGGACGUAAUAUAGAACAUUUUCUUUAAGUUCUGUUGCUUAGAAAGGAUUAUAAUAGCAAAUUCUGUUGUUAAGUUAAUGACUAUUCAUAAUUUUUUCCACGAAAAGAUUACAAUGGAAGAUCAAUUAGCAUUUUAAAUGCCAUCAGAAAUGUGUUGGAAUUUCACCAUAAUUCAAUUCUUCCAGCUGAGUGAUUCUUCUCAAUAAACCUGCCAGUGUGAAACAAAUAAACCCCCAACUGGAACCAAAGGUUUUGUAUUCCACAAUUAAAUUUGCUACCACUUUGAAGUCAAAGGAAUUAAUUUUUCAACACCACAAUAUUUUUCCCAACAAUGAUCAACUAUUCUCUUCCGUGUUUUGAGUGAAGAAUUUAGGAGCAUUCAAAUAAUAAUGGACAAUGAAACAUCCAGCUGUCCAUCCCUGUUCCACAGACUAUGAUGUCUGGUGCAUCACAAUACGUACACUCCCCAUUUUACCCCAAAAGCAAGCAAAACAAAACCUAAGCCAAUUUGGGAAAAACAAAUGUGAGAAUGUCCUCUUUGUACAUCUUAAGUGAUCAAAAUAAGUGCAGGAGACCAAUCUGACCCUGAUAAAUAUUAAACAGUAAUUACCUUCUUUACAAGGUGAUCUCUAGGUAGGAACAGAUCCAAACUUGUCUUUCACUGCACAAACCGGUAGCCUGUUGUCAAAGUCUACUUUUCUCUUACAAAAGGCACAGUCUUCUGACAUCUAACCUUGCUCUGUCUUUACGUUCACCUGCCUCUCUUCCAACCUGGUUUACUGC